GAUGUGCUUGUCUGUCGCUCCUUCGUAGAGUUGCGCUUGGAAAUUAUUCUAUCGUAUGUUUGUGUAUGAAAAUGAGUGAAAAAUAAGUUUUCUUGAAUUAAUGAGUGUUCUAAUAGCUGCCGAAAUUAAUAUUGGACAAAUUCCAGUUGACUAUUUAGUGAAAUUCAGUGUUGAUCAACCGUUCAUCGGGAUUACAUGGAGGGUAUUCAUGUUUAUAAAUAUUGAUUUGUUGCAUCGUGUUUUCUAACGUUUCUAUUGUGCUGCUAAACGUGUAGUGAAAUGUAGGUAACCGAUAAAAGUGGCGGAAUAUUGUGGUAGUUCCUAAAAAUGGAUCAACAAUAUUUAGUUUGCAAUGGCGCGCCCGCGUUUGUGAUUGCGUGUAGUGUUUGAGUUUUGUUCCUUGUGUUUUUGUGUUUAUCAGACAAUGGAGGGAACUACUGAGAAGGAUUGCUCCCCAUUAUGGAGCCUGUACCAGCAGAUCGUGUCGGAUAUGAAGAGCAGUGCGCCAAUGUGGGAGGAGUUCAUAUCGAAGGCGACGAAGCUGCACUCGGCGUUAAAAUCGGCGCUGAGCGCGAUAGCUUCGUUCCUGGACGCCUUCCAGAAGAUUGCAGACGCGGCGACCAACGCUAGAGGGGCGACCAAGGAGAUCGGAACGGCGCUGACCAGGGUCUGUCUGCGGCACCGCGCCAUCGAGACCAGGAUGAAGACGUUCAUCAGCGCUCUAAUGGACACGCUCAUAACCCCUUUAUCGGAGCGAGCGGACGAGUGGCGGCGCGGCGCGUGCUCGUCGAGUGGCGCGCUGAGUCGCGAGCACGCGCGCGAGUGCAAACGCGCGCGCGCAGAACUGCGCCGGCGCGUGCACGACGCGCAGAGGCACGCGCGAAAAGCGCGCCGCGCGCCGCCCGACGCUAAGAGGAGGGCUGAUGUUUGUAUACAGGAUAUUCAGGAAAGGAAACAACAGCUAGAAGAAAUGGAAGAGAAGGCAGUGAAGGCAGCGCUGAUCGAGGAGCGAAGCCGCUUCUGCCACUUCGUCUCGCUUCUCAACCCAGUGGUGGAGUGUGAAGUGGCAAUGCUAGCGGAAGUCGGCCAUCUGCAGGAAGGCAGUGAGCAGCUGAUCCGACACACGGCAGAACCUAGGACCUUACCCGCUGCCAGUCUACAGGUGAUAUGCGACAUCAAAUCCUGCUACAGCGGCUGGGCGGAGAGCGGAUCCGCGCCUCACUCGCCGUCGACGUCGUCCCGCCUCGGCAGCCGCAAGUCCUCGCUCACGUCCAUAUCGUCGCUCAACAGCCAGUGCUCGGAGCCGCACGCCAGUGCUCGGAACCGCACGGUGAGUCUCAUCAUCAUCAUCAUCGUCAUCGUCAUCGUCAUCAGCUCGGCGUCGUCCGGCCUCGGCAGCCGCAAGUCCUCGCUGACGUCCAUCUCGUCGCUCAACAGCCAGUGCUCGGAGGCGCACGCGUCGGCGACGUGGCCCGACCUGAAAGACACUGCGCAGUUCGAACGCGCAGCCUCUGCUAUCAUGGGCGGUCGGCCGCACACUAUCUCUGCAGCGUACUCGCGUCAAGCGCCGCGCGCGACACUAAGCGCUCACACUUUCGCGCACUCCGAACUCGACGUGCAGCGCGACGCUAUACAGGCGCGCCCGCCGCUGCCCACGCGAUGCUCAUCUUUAGAACGACCCGCCGUCCCAGCUAAGUCGACUAAUGCCAACACCGGCCAGCAAGAGUUCAAGCCAACUAAACCUUCGUCGCUACCGCCACAUCUUACUAAAGAGAUGCCGGCGGCGCUGUACGUGAACAUGUCUGAGCUGGCGACUUUAGCUGCCUCGCGCGCGCAGCAACACAACGCGGAACACCCGCACCAGGAGAAGGUAUGCUCAGAGAGCAGUGCCAGCGAAUCGUCCCUAGAGUCUUCGAGCGGCUACGGCAGCCAGGGUGCCUUCGCGGCGGAGGACCACGCGUUACAGCAAGCGCAGCAAGCUGACGUCGAGUCCGAAAUCGUGACGUUGCGUCGCGACAGUGACGCUUCAGUGGCAGCGGCGAGAGAGAGCUUCUCUAUCUCACUCGGCAGCCUCGAGGAAGCAGUGAGAUCGCUAGACGAAGCGAGCGAGAGCCCGUCAUUUGCCACCAUUGGGAAAAAGCCGGCGGUACCGAAGAGGCGGCCCGUGUCAAUGACCGCGACAGUAUGGUCGAGGAGAGGUUCCUCGAGCUCCCUGGGGAAGCCUCCUCCUCCGGUCAGGAGGUCGUCCUCCAUAUCCAGGCCUCAGAGACCACCGUUCGCUCAGGGCAACAACCAAUCGCCUCAGAUGUCCACGGACGCGGACAACUUGCCGCCGCCGCCGGCGUUCCUACUUCAGCCGGACAACGAAACUAAUUCUGCUCACCCCGGCAUAAACGUGGCCGAAACAGUGAAGCAACUAACCGAACUGAAGCAUAUGCCGGCCUCUCCCGGCCUGGUCCGUCGCAGUCUGCAAGCCCAGAACUCCCCGCACACGCCCCAAAUGCCCCACACCCAAAGCCCCACGCAACCUUCUCUGUCCACCUUCCAGCAAGCCAAGUCGAACUUCUCGUCGAACACCAGUUUGAAUAGCACGGGGAAUUUGAACCCAAUAUACGGGCAGACAGGACACCGUAUAAUGGCAUACGUCGAGAAUUCGGUGUAUGUCAGGAAGAAUAGCCUGAAUAAUUCCAGCUCGGACUUGUUCAGGGAGGCUAAUGCAGCAGGAUCGCCGCACGGGUCGAGCCCGUCGACGCCUAGCUACGGCGAAAACAACUCCUUCUCCAGUUUCGGGCCGAGGGUGUCCAACGACUCGCACUACGGACAAACUGGUUUCAAACUGCAGCAGGAGAAGAAGUACCAAAGCAGCAGCAUAUACGCCACGCCGCAGCUGGCGCGCCACGACGCGCUGUCGCCGCUAGCGCUGCGGAGGAACAUCGCCGCGCGCUCGCACAGCGCCGACCGCCACGCCGAGCGACGUCCACUGCUGAACAUAGGCCUCCCCCAAUGCUUUCCAUGUUGA